AUGGGCGGCGGCGGCAAGAUCCCUUACCCAAAACACGUCUGGUCUCCGGCCGGAGGCUGGUACGGUCAACCUAAGAAUUGGCGGACAAAUACCAUUACAAUGGGUGCCCUGUUACUAGGUGUAUGCACCAUGGCCUUCCACUUGAGCUCGAGGAUCGAGCAUCGAGAACAUAUGCCUGAGAAAGGGAGGUUUUAUCCUAGUCGUUGGUGGUCGAGAGAGAUCAGAGAAUAUGAAGCGAAUCAGAGAGCGAGAGAAUCGUCGUAA